GGGCUGUUGAUAGGUGAGACUAUUAAAAUCCAACAUAUACAGCAAUAGUCAAACAAUUAAAUUUAACAUUGAAAAUGGGUGGUCAGUUCGUUGUGCUGAGCUUAGCUGUAUUCUUCAUCAGUUUCUCACAAGCAACAUCAAUAAAACCCUUAAUUUUCAUCGAAACCAAUCAUAGCGCCACUGCUGCUAGGAGUUGCUCAUACACAUUGACAAUCAAAACAAGCUGUUCUUCACCUAAAUACACCAGAGACAGAGUCAGUAUUGCUUUUGGAGAUGCUUAUGGAUUUGAGGUCUAUGCGCCCAGGAUAGAUAAUCCAUCCUCAAGGACAUUCGAGACCUGUUCUACGGAUACUUUCCAGAUCCGUGGCCCCUGUAUUUAUGAGAUCUGCUACCUUUACUUGAAGAGAGUUGGAUCCGACGGCUGGAAACCGGAGACCGUCAAGGUGUACGGUUCAGAUCGUCCUGCUAUUACCUUUAAAUAUAAUAAGCUUCUUCCUAAUGGAGUCUGGUAUGGAUUUAAUCACUGCCGUAAGAUCAUGUAGCUGAUCUGCCGUAGAAUUCCACUAUCCAUGAAAUUGAUGUAUUUAAAAGAAGAUUUAAUCUCUGUUUUGUUUGCUUCCAGAGAUUAAUUUAUCGCCAAAUAAAGGUAUUUUUUUAUUUCUUGCUGUUACAAUUUUAGCCUUUAGCUUUUCUUUGCAGAUGAACUUCAUCAGAUGUGUUGUAUCCAUAAAUGGGGAUUUUGAUUCUCCCUAUUAUAAUAUCCUUCCCCGCAUCUAUGUAAUAAA